ACCCCUCUCAUCAUCCUCCCUCAGACCGAUGUGCCUCGACUGGAAUGGCGCCAAAUCUUAAAGGCAGACCACGCAAAAAGAAGCCGUGUCCACAGAGAAGAGAUUCACUCAAUGGCAUUAAAGAUUCCAAUAACAAUUGUGAAGGCAAAGCUGUUGUCAAGGUAAAAUGUGAGGCAAAAUUGCCUUUGCCCAAAACCAAACACAACAGCAACUGUAAAAAGGUAUCAAAUGAGGCAAAAUCCAAGGCUUCUGCAGGCGAUGAAUGCCAAGCAGAUGAACAGGCAUUCCUUGUGGCACUUUAUAAAUAUAUGAAAGAAAGAAAAACACCAAUUGAACGGAUACCCUACCUCGGUUUUAAGCAAAUUAACCUUUGGACUAUGUUUCAAGCUGCUCAAAAACUGGGAGGAUAUGAAACAAUAACAGCCCGUCGACAAUGGAAACAUAUUUAUGAUGAAUUAGGUGGUAACCCUGGAAGCACAAGUGCAGCCACAUGUACUCGUAGACAUUAUGAAAGAUUAAUCCUGCCAUAUGAAAGAUUUAUUAAAGGAGAGGAAGAUAAGCCACUGCCUCCCGUGAAGCCUCGAAAGCAAGAUAAUAUCACCCAGGAGGGGGAAAUUAAGAUAAAAUUGUCUGGAACAAAACGUAUCAAAAAUGAAAACCAAAAAAGCAAAAAAGAAAAAGACAAUGUUCAGAAAACCCAAGACGUGCCUGAGGUUUCAUCAGAGCAAGAGAAGAAUCCAGAAUAUCCAGACCAGAAAAGUUUAUCUGAACUAACAGUAGCAGAGGAAAUGAAGCUGUCUGUAGAAGGUCUGCAGGUUUCCCCAACAGAUGCAACUGAGACAGCAUCUUUGGAAAAGCCUGAUUUGAAGGAAAUCAGCUCAAAUUAUGAAGAGGCCAAAGAGGAGAUGCUACCUGGGGAGUCUUUUUCAAGCACUUCAGUGGCUGUAGAAGAGGACAUUGCUUUGGAUCCUACAGCCAGGAAACUCCCCAGUCCAUCAGAAGACCAAGAGGAACCAAAUCAGGAACAACAAGCACCUUGUUUUGCUGACAAUCUAGAAAGCGAUGCCCAAGAAACUCCAUUUAAUAACUUGCCAACCAUCCACCUAUCACUGCCAAGUCAAAAUGAGAUGGAAGAUGAUAAACUUCCAGAGAUGGCAGAUUAUAUUGCCAACUGCACUGUUAAAGUGGACCAGUUAGGAAAUGAAGACAUACACAAUGCACUGAAACAGAGUCCCAAAGUCCUUGUAGUCCAGAAUUUUGACAUGUUUGACAGAGCAAGUUCGACAGAGAAGGAACCAUCAGGUUCCCUCAAUGGUGAACCUAGUUUUGGUUACACACCACUCCUCUAUUCCAAAGGCAACCCAGGCAUCAUGUCACCACUGGCAAAGAAGAAACUUCUGUCACAGGUCAGUGGGGCUACCCUCUCAUGUAGUUACCCUUAUGGCUCACCGCCACCUUUGAUCAGCAAGAAGAAGCUGAGUGGCAAAGAAGACUUGUUGUCAAACAUAUCCCAAGCUUCUCAUGCCCCUGUGAUGGACACUGUGGCAGUGAGUAGGCCAUCUGUUAUCCAACACGUGCAGAGUUUUAAACCCAAGAAUCUGGAGGAAAGGAGGUCUGCUAGUGAAACAUAUAGGCAUGAAUCACUACUAAAAAGAACAGAUCCUGAAUGCUGUGAUUUUUCCAAACAGCAUCUAAGUGCACUGGCUGAAUCCUAUGCACUCAAGUCAGAAAUCCAGGACAUGAAAGAUAGAAUGAAUGAAAAAAGGGCCUUGCACCAUUCCCAUAUGCCCAGCUUCUUGGCAGAUUUUUAUUCAUCUCCUCACCUGCACAGCCUUUAUAGGCACACCGAACACCAUCUUAACAAUGAACAGACAUCAAAAUAUCUCCCUCGAGACAUGUACAGAGACACAGAAAACAUUUCCAUGUUCCCUCAGCACAAGCACCAAGACAAACGUAGCUUAGCCUAUCACCCCCCUUUACACCAGCAUGAGAAAAAGAGCCCUAUGGAAGCCUCAUCAGAUGAUCAGCCGACAGAUCUGAGUCUUCCAAAAAGUACCCACAAACAGACUGCAAAAGCUCUGGGGCCUUCCCUCUUGCAUGCUUCAUUGGGACAACAGGACAGAAAAAGCAUCUCCCAGUUCCAAGCCUUGAGCAGCCAGCCUCUGAGCAUAGACUGUAAUCCCAAAGCCUGCCGGGUUUCUCCAAUGACUGUGUCCACCCCCAAGAAGCACAGUGAGCCACUCAUCAGGUCCACCAAGCCACCGAAUCUGAGAAAGAUGGAAGGCAUGGUCCAUCCCAUCCUAAGCCACAAAGCCAAUGUUCAAACCAUUGGGGCAGCUCGGCCUCUGAAGCGUAGCCUGGAGGAUUUGGACAAAGCAGUUUUGGAGAAGAAGGUCCGAGCUGUCUCACCCUUGUGCAUACCAAAGGACACCUCUGUGAAAGACAAGGGUCUUGAGCAAGAGGCUGAGGGCAGCAAGUCAGUACAUGGCCUACCUCCCAGUGGCAUGCUGGAAGGCCACAAAUUCCCCCUUUCAAGCCCCAUCUUUACUGGCUUGUACCCAGGGACUUUGUGCAGCAACCUGAGCAGCCGCGUUCCAGCUGGUUACUCUCACCCUCUGCAGUACUUGAAAAAUCAGACAGUGCUUUCACCACUAAUGCAGCCUUUGGCUCUCCAUUCAUUCAUGGUGCAAAGACAGUUCCUCACAUCCCCUGGAAAUUCACAGCAGCUUUACAGGCACUUAGCUGCGGCAACACCUGUAGGAAAUUCGUACGGUGACCUUUUGCACAGCAACAUUUAUCCUUUGGCUGCUAUCAAUCCUCAGGCUGCAUUCCCGCCUUCUCAGCUAUCUUCUGUACAUCCGAGCACAAAACUGUAAAUCCUCCUUUCAAACACAACAAACAAACUACAUUCCUUUAGCCUGUGAUGUCCUGCAAAAUUUAAAACAAAACCAACAAAAAAAUAUCAAUAUUUGUGUUAACCAACACCAGUUUUGUCCCUCAUUGUGGAAUGCUUCAGAUUUGAUUAAGACAAGACUGUUGUUUAGUUGGGCUUUGCUUUUCUCCUCUGGCUCUCACGUCUUCUCCUUCUGUGGUGUUUUCCCUUGCACAAGAAGGUUUCAAAAGGAUCUGUCUCUUGCUCAAAAUGAUUGUCAGAGCAGGCCAGGUGGCUCUUUCCUGGUCCUGGAGAGAAAGAUCUUCAGUUUUUGUCCCCUCUCCUGCCCAAGAAGGUGGGUUUUGGAGCAUUUCAAAUAGAAAAAGAGGCAGGUCUAAUGACAGAGAAGUCAGGAAACACAGAUGAUCCAUGGAUGUUGUUUCUUCAAGUACCAUUUUGGGUUCCUGGCUUUUCAGAGUUCAAAUCAAUGCAAUGUAUAGUAAAAGUGUCUCAAUAUUCAACUUAACACUAUCAGAACAGAAAUAGUAAACACUGUUAAAUUAGAUUGUACAUAUCUACUUCAAAAACAAAACAAAUGCCAGUGUCAACAUCACUUGUAUAAUUUAUGUAGGUUCUUGUUUCCAGCUAUUCCUGUUGCUCUGUUUAUUCGUUUGUUUUCUAAAUUAAAUAGUCUCUUUUUAUCUGCAGCUUUUUUUUUAACAAAAAAAAAAAAAGGCUCUGGCAAUUGAGGGCUUUCAAAAAUCGCAAUUUUUCCCUUUCCUUCUUCCCUGGCCUAUAUUUUUAGAGCAGCUUUGGGAAGGAGGGAUGUCAUUGUUUACAAAUAAAAGCAUCCAUUUUCAAUAAACUCUUUUCAAUGAUAGAAACAUACUGUAGAUCACGCAACGGUGCAAUUCAGUCCCAACUUCAGUUCCUUCUCCAAUGACCUGAUCCUGAAAGGUGCUGAGCAUUGAUUCACCCAUCACAGUGGUUUCCUAAAUGUUCAUACAUUGCUGUUAUACUAGCCGCUGAGAUUUUGCUUUCCUGUAUCAUGGUCUGUGAAUUUUUUAAGAAUUGUAUUUAACCUUAUCUAGGCUGUGAAAUUGUCCUGCAUACCAGAGGGGGAACAUACUCAGGACUGCACUGGCAACAAGUUAUUCAAUAACGUUAUUAGAUUCCAAAGGAUCUUUCUUGAGGGCUGUGAAACUAUUUCAAGAAUGUCAGUCAUUAGAACAGAAAUUGGAGGAGAGGUAUCAAAGAUGGCCUCAAAUUUAUGCUUCUAAAAAAGGAUCUGUGGGGGUUGGAUGCCUUUCCUAAAAGUGAUUGUGACAAAUAGCAGCACUGAAUAUAGUUUUAAUUGAGCAAAUUUGGCUGUGUAUUGUUUGUGCUGCCUGUAUGAUAGUUCCUUGAAGUCCAGCAAAGUGCCAAACAUCCCACCAUAGUCCAGCAAAAUACUGAGUUACUAUUAAAUAUAAACAGCAGCUUAAUCUACAGACUGGAUCCCUUGACUCUUUGGAUCCAUUGAACAGUGGAACUUUUACGCCUGAGUCUGAGCAUCUUAUCAAUGACUCUGAAGAGAAUGUUCCUGCUGAAAGCCAGCCUCAAGAAUGAUGUUUGCCUAGGGGUGGGACAGGUUAGGGUGCCCAGAAAAGCUUGUUAACUGAGCUUGAAAGAAGAAGUUUCUUUUCAACUGAGGGAGGGCUUUGAAGGGCCAGCAAAUAUGACUCCAUCUAUUGAUUCACUCCUGCACAAGCAGGGAGAGGGUUGGAGAGAAUACCUCUCUUUAUUCUCUACUAAUUCUCAGUUACGGACAAAGGAUAGGUGCUUCUGGCGCACUUUGCCUACCUCCAUGUGAACAUUAGAUUGGCAUCCUCCACUUAAAAACCUCAAUGGGCAACUCUUGUUUGCUCUUGCUUUGACUUGUGUGUGACCACCUGAUAUGCAAAGGGAGAAAAGUCUGACAGCCUGCAUUGCUGUUGCUCAUAUUGAUGGAGUAGGUGGUCCAGACAGAUGGACCUCUCUGUUCCCUGUCUGUGCUGAUUUUGCUUUAUUCAUAAAUUCUGUUCAUUCUCAGCUUUAAUAUGGUUUUUUAAAAGCCGAUGCAAAAAAACCAAUAUUUAAAUACAUGCAAUGCACAUUCUUAAAUGUAAUUUCUCUGAGUCCAUUUCUAAAUGUUUUCUGCCCUAAAAGGGAUAUAUUACAACAAAAACAAAACAUGUUUUUUCUGUCAAGGACUUCAUCAUGAAGUUUGAGGGUGUGUGAAAUCCAAAGAAUCAUUAUGAUCCAAUUUGCUCAUUUCCCUCAGAGGCAUGUAUCAGGGCAGUUCAUACUGGAUUUUACAAAUAGUAAAUUCCUUAAGCACCUCUAGUUCAAAGUGCCCUUAUCAUGCCUCUUUGAACGAGUGGCUGAUAAGGGGAAAUAAACCCUCUAUUGCUGUUCACAUGGGCAGGAUGGCAGUACUGAGGAACUCUUCUCUUGUGAUAGAAUUUGUGUGAGAAAGAGUCAGAAGGAUUAUAUUGGGAAAAAGACCUUGUGAAUCAGAUGCUAUGCUGAAGGCCAGAUAAAAGCUCGCCCCGGCCCAUCAGUUUCAGCCCUCAGCCAUCUGUUUAGUUCCUCUUACAUAAUGUACCACCCCAAUGGCAUUUCCCACUUAAAAGGGAUUGGUUUUCAGAUGAUGCAACAUUCCUGAUUCUGUUUAAAUCAUAGAAAGAAUGCCAAUUUAUAAUGGCUGGAAUAAGCAGCUUAACAAUAUGGUCUAUCUCAAUCUCUCUCCUUGAAUUCCUGAGUUUCCACUUCCAGUUCAGGAAGCACCAAAGGUCGUCAAAUGUACAUAGGUCACCUCUUUGGUGCCAUGUGCCAUUGGGCAGUGAGGAGUUGGCAUGAGGUAAACACAACUUAGUAAGAGUUCUCUGGGUUUCUGCAUAAGGCUAAAGGGAAGCAACAUUCCACAGAUACAGUUUCAGAAAUGAAAAAUCCAUGCGUGAAAGUGGCACUUUUUCCCCAUGGGAAACUUGUUGUCCUAUAAUAGUAUGGAUUUGUUUUGAGAUACGUCUUUGCCAUGGUUCUUGAGGUCUGGACAGCUACACUGAGAUGCUGAAGUUGGAAGCAUUUUAUAGUGCAAAAUUUGGUUGCAAUUCAGACGCAGUAAUCAUGAAAACUACUGGAAAACUAGUGGAAACUACUUAAGCAACACCGUGCAUGCAUGCCAGACAUCCUAUAUUAACAUUUCCUGUGAUAUGAAGCCAAUUGCAAUAUAUAAUGUAACCUAUUUAAUAUACAAUGGCGAGGAAACCAGAUUAAUAGACAUCUACUGUUAAAGAUCAAUGUUAUCUUCAAUUAAAUGCUUUUAUGUUCUUGUGAUAAAAUUAUAUGAUGAUGAUGCAUAAGCAGGCUAGUAGAAUUUAGAACAGAAAUGUGCCAAUGCGGUCUUUUUUUUUUUCCUGCUGCGCUGCAAAUGUUGAAAAGGAAAAAAAAAACCAAUCACAGUUGAUCAGAUGCCAUAGAGGGCAUUCUUAGUCAAAUUGCACUAAACCGGACUAAUAUGGUAAUUGAGGGAGGGGACUUGGGCAGGAUUAUAGAAGCCUGCAAUGAACGUUGUCACAAUCACAUGACUGGUAUUGUAAUCCAAGGACUCUGAUAUUGUUUGGGAUAAUCUGCAUGUAGGAUUGCCUGAUACCUCUUAUGUUGGGGGAUGUCCCUUGUUUUAAAAGGAUUGUCCCUUGUUUUGGAACAGCACAGCUUCAUAAAAAACCUCUUCGCCCUCAUCAAGUGAUUUUCCGCAUGCAAAGGCAGCUCUGGUUUGCUCAGAGUGGUACAGCCACAGGCCCCCGAUGUUCUCCCCACAUUUCCAUGGGGAGAGGGGGGCUCUGAACAGUCCUUUUGUGCCUGCCGAGCUACUCCCUUCCAGUGAAAGGAAGGGGGCUGCCCACACAUGCGCAGGAGCUCAGUGGGCACAUGAGAGUGCUGGACUACCCUAUUCCAAAUCUCACAGUUCUAAAAGAAAAAAAAUAGUAUAUUGUCUUUGAAUGUUUAAGCUGGUAACCAUAAACUGUUAAGUCUUAACCUCAUGUACAUCUUCUGCGUGUCUCCAGUUUCGGUUGUGUUGUGUUGUGUUGGAAAUGAAUGAGACCAUUCUAAAACCAGGGUUAUUUAAUCCCUUCCCCCUCGCGCCUUUGUUCAAUAGGAAGAUGGAUUUAUUUUUAGAAAAUUCAUGAUACACUGGCCAAGAUGAGGGCAACAGGGGCAUAAAUCUGUGGUUGUGUGAGAGCUAAUAAUGCUUAAGAACCUCCUUUUUUUAAAAAAAAAAAAUUCUAUGAAUUUUAUUAAGUAUUAAAUUUUCCACUGGCAGAUAACUACUUUCUGUGUCUUAAAUGGGGCUUUGUUUGCUUUGUUUGAGUUCAAGGGGCCUUAUUAUUGAAUGAAAUUGCGUAAGUUUUUCUUUGUGCAAUCAAGCCAUUGUUAUUGGUAGGCUGGUAAAGGAAACAGUGAAAUCUAAUUGGCAACAGAGUCAUAAAUCUAUUUACCAAGAGCCCGUUCCAAGAAAUGUUGCAAUUCCAACACACUCUGUUCAGGAUUUAUUAAGGAAUUCUGAAGGCUAGUGAGAUUACAAAAGACAAAGGAAAACGUUCUUCAUAUAAUGUCUUGUUAGAAGCUGUUCACUUUAUUGGGUAGGUGGGGCAGAGUAUUUCGAGUGAGACCUUUUGCAACUGGAUCCUUGCUUUAAUAAUUAGAAGAGAUAGCGGAGUUCACCAUUUUAAUCAAAGCCCAAAAUAAAGCAACGAUACUAUUCUGGUGUGUUGAACUGCCACAUGAAUCCUUAAACAUGCAAGGAACAACCCCAACCAAAUGUCAGGGUGAUUUAGGGCUCCGCUUACUGCAGUAUUUGGAUAUGUGUGACAGUUGCCAUUAACAUGAUUUCUCUCACACCCCUCUGGGUAGUAUGUAUAUCUUUGUGAGCAACAGAAUGCCAGAAUAGUUGGUUCUGUGACAUUGUCACCAUGCUCACAUUACCCAGAACAGUGGGGUUGUGUGAUUAUUCGGAGAGAUUCUUGCCCAUGCCAUUAGCAAUAUCUUCCUUUGCAGUGUGUGUGUCUCAUGCUAGGUUUGCAAACAAGUAAUCUGCCCUGACUGUAUCGGUGGACACAGAGCAAGUUAUUUAGGGGGCAUUUCCAGCAUCCAAGACCAUUCCACUCCAAGAGCAUGGCCAUUCUUGGAAUGGAAGUCCCCCAGAAUAACUUCCCCCAAGCUCUGCGAUGGGUAUCACAGGGAACAAAACCGAAUUUAACUUUUUGUUAGAUAAUAGUGUCCAUGAGCUCUCAAAGUCUAUUCUAUACUGCUGCGUCGUGGCUAAUGGAAUCCAGAAAUAUUUUUUUGUGGUGUGUGCCUUUAAAGGAAGAAGCUGGUUUUUAAAAACUCAUUCAUAAUUAUACCUGCUCAGAUUGUGUGGCAGUGAGCAUGGUCAAACCUGGCCCCAUUUCAUAGAUUUUAUCACUUAUGGGGUGCGGGGGAAAUCACUGACAUGAGGUUUGCAGUAUUGAAACCAUCAUCAUGAGCACUUAACCAGUGUUUGCUGUAAAUGUAUUUGAUAUUUUACAUGUAUCUCCCCCUCCUCCCCCAUAGUUUUAAAUAUGAUCUAACAAAGGCAGCAUAAUCUACUAGCUGUUUAUACUUUGUUUGGAACGUUCAUUUGUUGUAAAUAGUGUAAACAUUCUUGUGAUUCAAGUUAUUGUAGGUUAUACGCUCUGUAAGGUGAGACUAUUUGUAUAUAGAAAAAAAAGUGGCCCAGUAAUAUUAUAGUUUCCCAUUUUUAAAAAAAGAAAAGAAAAAGAAAAGGGUUAUUGAGUAACCUUUCACGUUAAAUAAGUUUAAACACUACCAGAACGAAAGAAAAGCUGAGCCAACUAUAAACACUCAAUUUUUGUAUGUUUUCCAAAUUGUACGUAUUAAUGCUUUUGAUACUGUAUUAUGUGCCAAUAGUUUCCCAAUCACAUAGCAAGCAAAAGAUAUUUUGUACUUUUUGAUCCACUGUAAUAUUUAAUAAAAAAUGUUACUAUCUG